AGAGAGAUAAACAAAAACAAAAAAUGGCUUUUCAAGAUUUUGACCUCAUUCAAGAACGCGUAAACGCUGACAGAAAACGUAAAUUCAGGAAGAAAAUCACCAUUGGAGUUGUCUCUACGCUUGUUGUCGUUGCUGUCAUUACAGGAGGUGCUUUUGCUUAUGUUACAUUUGGAAAAAAAUCACAAGAACCGGUGAAAGCCACAAACACAAACAGUAAAGCUAAAGGCUCAGAUAAAAGCUCCGAGAAGAGUACCGCUACUCCAAGCAAUAAACCACCAUCUUCUGCAGCAGCACAUUCUGAUAAGCCCGGCCAGGUCGAUAAGAUUAUCAAAGCACUUUGUAAUUCAACUCUUUACAAACCAAGUUGUGAGAAAACUCUUAAAAACGGGGCAAAGACAGCUUCUCCUCUGUCUGAUCCUAGGAGCCUCUUAAAGUCUUCAAUAAAAGCAACCAAUGAAGAUCUAGUGAAAGGUUUCGAAAAGGUUUUGAAACUCAAAACAGGGAACAAAGAUGAAAAAGACGCUUUAGCGCAGUGCAAGUUGCUUGUGGAUGAAGCUAAGGAAGAACUUAACACCUCUAUGAAAAGAAUCAACGACACAAAGGUUAACAGCUUUGCGAAAAUAGCUCCUGAUUUAGACACUUGGUUAAGCGCAGUCAUGUCGCAUCAAGAGACAUGUCUCGAUGGGUUUGAAGAAGGGAAACUCAGAACUGAGAUACGUAAGAACUUCAACUCUUCUCAAAUGAUGACUAGCAACUCUCUGGCGAUGAUCAAGUCUUUAGAUGCAUAUCUUUCUAAGGCUACAAAGGUGAAAACGAGACAUCUUCUUGAAUCAAGAUCGUCUUGGUUAGGCAACAAGGAGAGAAGGAUGUUAAAAGCUGUUGAUGUGAAGGCUUUGAAACCUAAUGCUAUAGUGGCUAAAGAUGGUAGUGGAAAUUUCACAACCAUAAAUGCUGCACUUAAAGCAAUGCCUGCUAAGUACAAAGGAAGAUAUACCAUUUAUAUAAAACAUGGAGUUUAUGAUGAAUCUGUGAUUGUUGACAAGAAGAAAGCUAAUGUUACAAUGGUCGGUGAUGGAUCGCAGAAGACGAUCGUGACGGGAAACAAAAGCCAUGCAAAGAAAGUCCGUACGUUCCUCACAGCCACAUUUGUGGCACAAGGAGAAGGAUUCAUGGCACAUUCCAUGGGGUUCCGGAACACGGCUGGACCUGACAAGCACCAAGCGGUCGCCAUACGUGUCCAAUCCGACCGUUCAGUUUUCCAAAACUGUAGAUUCGAAGGCUACCAAAACACAUUAUACGCAUACACGCACCGACAAUUCUACCGUAGUUGUGUCAUUGUCGGAACAAUAGACUUCAUAUUCGGUGACGCGGCCGCCCUAUUUCAGAACUGUAACAUCUUUAUCAGAAAAGGAGUACAAGGGCAGAAGAACACGGUGACGUCUCAAGGGCGAGUGGACAAGUUUCAGACAACAGGCUUUGUGAUUCAGAACUGUACAAUUGCUCCAAACGAAGAUCUUAAACCUGUUAAAGCUCAGUUCAAAAGCUACUUAGGUCGGCCGUGUAAGAACCAUUCUAGAACAGUUGUGAUGGAGUCCAUGAUCGAGGACGUGAUUGAUCCUGUUGGUUGGUUGAGAUGGCAAGAGACAGAUUUCGCUAUUGGUACAUUGCUUUACGCGGAAUACAAAAACGAUGGUCCAAGCGGAAAAACUACUUCUAGGGUUAAAUGGCCUGGAUUUAGGGUUAUAAACAAGGAAGAGGCCAUGAAGUAUACAGUUGGACCAUUCUUACAAGGGGAUCCAUGGAUUCAUAAUAUGGGGUCUCAGGUUAAGUUUGGUCUUUAUGAUGCUUGAUGCUUGCAAGUUUGUUGUCUUGCUUCUUUUCGUUUAAACAUGUGGUGGAGAGUAAAAGUGUAGCUUGGAGUGCAAGGUAAUAGAAUGUGAAUAUACAGGUGA